AUGAUAGAAACAGACACUAGAAAUGUCCAGAGCAAUAUCGUACCAGAAACAGACACUCAUCUUCCUUCAUCAAACGAUGUCGAUGAUCCGAGUGGAAUUUCAAUGCCGGCCCAAAUUUCCGUUCAUGCACUCAGCUCGGAAGAGAGCCCUAUAUCUAGCGAAAAUACAUCAAAUACCUCAAACAUUGGCACUUCACGAGAGACUCUCUGCACGCUGCAAUCCGUAGCCAACGAGAGAUGCGGGACGUCUCUUCUCACAGCAGAGACAUUCAAGGCUCAUGCGAACGCAAGAUUUGCUGAUACAUUUGAGUGUGCCUUCGUUCAUGAAGUCUAUAGCCAGCACAAAUUUUUCAGUGUUGGCAAGUUUGACCUCCCUAGAAUGUUUAAUUACUUAGUCCCAGUUGUUCAAAAGGCCAUGUGCGAGGUUGAAUAUUAUGAAGAAUCCCCGAAUGCUACAGUGAGACUGCCACUAAUUCUUGUGGUCGUUUUGGGCCGACGCAGCACUUUAGAACAUGUCUUCAAUCUAGCAAUAAUGGCAACACACAACAGCUGGAUCAAUCCAGUGAUUUAUGAUCCAAAUUACAACAACACAACUGCUAACACUCAACUCUGGGUGACAUCAUAUGAGGCAUUAUUAGACAUCCAUAAUUCAGGACACAUCUCGCUAGGGCGGGUUCGCUAUUUCGUGACAGACGACGGAGAUGCCAUGUUCCGGAGAAACUUCGAAGAACAAUCCCUUUAUUACACGAAUAGAGUUCUUGCCGAGCAGGCGCCUGAGUGUCAGAGAUUCAUGUUCACCGCCACGCCGGCACCAGGGUCGCAGUGCAUGGCCAACAUCCUCGCGGGAGGGUUUGCAUUCAUGGCAUAUGCCAAAUUUCAGCACUGUCUAAACAUGACAUUCUCAUGUUAUUGGAAUAGCCAAGAUAUGUAUGGGUAUGAAAACGAUCAGAGAAUAGCCACAGUCAUAUACGCCCCUUCGGAGAGGACUGCCGCAGAUAUAGAAAAGUAUCUUACUGAGAGACAAUUCGACUGCUUUGCGCCCGAAAUCCCUAGCAUAUUCGAUCUGUGGCCCGAAUUUGAAACUUUGAGUCAGGAGGAGAAAAACCUGGCUAUCUAUUUUCACAAGAGAGAAGUUAGCGAUUAUUUGUUUGACAUCGUUGAAAAGUUCAACACAGAUGAGCUACCUAUCCUCAUUCUCUCGCAAAAUGUGACCAUGCAUUUGCAACUGGACUUUUUGGGAGCGUUGGACUGUAAAGCACCAACAACAAAACCACGCGACAAGGAAUAUAGUUUCAGGCUUCCACCAAAAAAAGCAUUAUGGAAACGUAUUUUGAAGAAAAAGUCAGCACCAAAGCCUCUCGUAACGCCGCUUAGUGCAGACGAGAUCCAGCAGAUCCGUGAGAAAAGUGCUAUACCCCGGUACGCGAGGGCAAAACUUAGACUGGACAAGAUCGUCAUCAACUAUAACAAUUUAGAGACAUCAUUUGAAGUGUUUUUCAGGUAUGGCCGGAGAUUUGAGGAUGCUUCUGAGUUCCGGCGAGAUCAGAAUCUAAAUAGAAAGGUUGAAGUAUUGACUAAUCGAGACAAAAAAGCAGGAUUCGGUGUGGAGUUCGCCGGCGGACCGAGAAAUAGAGGGUCUGGGCACAGCUCAAUGUUUUUUGGAAUGUCAUAG